AUGCUCUACUUGAUAAUUAAGCACUUCGCCUCCGGCGACACUCUCCCCAUCUACGGACGCUUCCAAUACCACGUCUGCUUACCCUCGAAGGCUUUGAUCAUGGAGACUAUGGGCCGGAUGCUGCUGGACGAGUGGAUAGUCAACGGGAAGUACAUCGUGGACUUUGAAGUUGUGGAGGCCGUCGCUUCUAUGGAAGCUCGCGCGAAGGCGUCGGGCGAGAUUGACGGUCGAUGCAUGGGAGAAUGA